AUGAGACUAUUUCGGCGCCAAUAUCUCGGCCUCGUCCCUAUUGCGACUCUUUUCUUCAUAUUCGGCACGAUUUACUCGACGCAUAGCUGGACCAGCACGCAACAACUCAACAAAGAUCUGUGGUCGCAGAGACCCGGCGACCAAGAAACGCAACAGUUGCACGAUGGACAAAAUUACGAUGAUCCCGACUGUGCCGACUUCCCACGCGACCGACUUCGAGAUGUACAGAUUGUGUUGAGGAUCGGCUCAACGCAACCCUUUGAUCAGAUCUCGUCGCAUAUCAAUAAUAUCACGAAUUGCAUAUCGAAUUUGAUCGUCAUUUCCGAUCGAGUGGAAGAGAUUGGCAAUGGAUUCUGGUCGCACGAUAUCAUUGCCGAUUUACCGAAAGUAUACUGGGAAGGGAUUGACCAAGACGACGACGAGACCGAUCAGACUGCAGGCCUAAAGGCAUAUGCAGAUAUAAACAAGGGCGAUAGUUCAUGGAAACAGGGAAAGCAUGCCAGCGACCGGUUGACCCAUAGGCAAGGGUGGUUAUUAGAUCGAUUCAAGUUUCUGCCUAUGGUCGAAUAUGCGUACAAUGUGAAUCCGCAAGCAAAGUGGUUUUAUUUUAUUGAAGCCGAUACAUAUGUUGUAUGGGACACGCUGUUCCGUCUUCUCGAUCGGUACGAUUUCAAGCAGGAAUGGUAUAUGGGUUCCCCAUCGCCGGGUCGCGAAUUGGACGGCGAGAAGACGUGGUUUGCCUAUGGAGGCAAUGGUUUCAUACUCAGCCGAACGGCGAUUCAGCGACUUGUAAGCAAGGAGCCGGUCAAAUCAACAGAUGAGUCCAGCAACGCCAACCGUACCGAAUUGUCUCUUACAGAGAGAUGGGCGGAUCUAGUCAAAAGCGACUGCUGCGGAGACUCUGUUCUGGGCUUUGCGUUGGCAAACAAAGGCGUGUUUUUGUCUGGAUUGUAUCCAAUAUUCAAUCCUCAUCCAUUACAUGGUAUUCCAUUUGGUCCUAGUGGAAAGCCGUAUUGGUGUCAACCAGUUCUCAGUCUACACAAGACAUGGCCGGGCGACGUUCCUGGGUUGACAAACUUUGUCAAGGACCACACUAGCGAGCGACCUUUGAUUCAUGCCGACUUAUUCAACUACCUCGGCCUAGAACAGGUAGCGCAACGCGACGACUGGCAAAAUUCAGACUGGAACGGUUUCGAAGAAGCACCCGAAUCACCCGUCCACGAAACCAUCGAAGCAUGUGCCGCAGGAUGCCAUGCUCACGGCGAAUGUUUCCAAUGGACUUACUGGACGGAAACGUCCUGGAAAUACAAAUCCAUACCAAAAAAGAAAUGCACAUUUGUGCGCUCAAUACGACUGGGAACUCGCAAGGAUCGUGAAGAGUCGUGGACCACGACCGCUGUUUGGACAAGCGGAUGGGAUAUAGAAAAGAUCUCGAAAUGGGCGAAAGAUAAUGACUGUGGCGAACCGGAGUGGGUAGAACCGAGUUUACAGAGGAUUUAUUAG